AGGCUUAAUACUGGAUUACAAGAAACAGCUUUAAAUCACGGCAAAUUCUCUUGAAAAAUGAGGGCUAUUUAUGGCAUGAUUUAAGAAAGCAUCUAAGUCUUAUUUUCUCAGGGCCAUGCAGUCUGUAAUGCACAAAGGGUUAAAUGCUCUAUCUCCACCUACUUCUCUUUCCCUUUUGCUCUUUUCCUGCCUCUCUGUAGUGCUGUUGCGAUAAACCAUAUAUUGUAGGAUCUGUUUUAUACUGCUUGAAUAGAUUUUAGCUUGAAUAGAUUUUAGCAGAAGUGACUCUCCUAACUCUGGGUACCUAACCAUGUUGGGCUGAAAGAAAAAAAAAACAAACUGGAAACACUGGUUUAAGCAACAAAACCUGUUUGCUGUUCUUUGAAGAUCAAACCUGCUUUCCCUCAUUUUAAUUGCUUUGUACUUCUAUCAGAAGAAAUUUCUACCGCAGGCAAGAGGAAGAUCCAACAGCAGAGGUCCACGAAAAAGAAAAUACUCAGGAGAGAGAUUUGCACAGAACAGGAGAACAAGACACUGACUACUUUGGAUUUGCAUCUCAGUUCCAUGUGGCUGUAUCUGACAGCGUUCAUUAUACUAUGGGCCCUGGUGUGGUUUUUCCGAGACAGACUCACCAUCAGCAAUGUCAAAGACAAGUAUAUCUUCAUCACCGGAUGUGACACUGGCUUUGGGAAUCUGCAUGCAAGGAGGCUUGAUAAGAAGGGCUUUCGUGUCCUGGCAGCCUGCCUGACACAGAAAGGAGCAGAUGACCUACAGCGGAGCAGUUCUUCAAGACUGAAAACUACCAUCCUUGAUGUUUCCAGCUCAGAAAGUAUAAAAAAAGCUGUUACCUGGGUACAGGCUGAGGUUGGAGAGAAUGGUCUCUGGGGACUGGUAAAUAAUGCAGGCCGGGCCAUUCCCAUUGGUCCUACAGAAUGGAUGCAGAUUGAGGACUUUGAAAGAGUACUGGCUGUGAACAUGACUGGCCUAAUUGAGGUUACCCUUAAUUUCCUUCCAGUGGUCAAGAAAGCCAAGGGUCGAAUUGUCAACACAGCUAGUGUGCUUGGGAGGAUUGCUGCAAAUGGUGGGGCAUACUGUCUUUCCAAGGCUGGUGUGGAGUCUUUCUCUGAUAGUUUAAGGAGAGAUGUCCACCAUUUUGGCAUUCGAAUUGCUAUCAUUGAGCCUGGGUUCUUUAAAACAGCUGUGACAAGCCUUGAGCCAAUUGAGAGAGACUUGCAACAGAGAUGGGACAAGCUGGAUGCUGAGACACGAGACAGCUAUGGCCGGAAAUACUUUAACAGCUAUCUGAAAGUUCAGAGAUUCUGCAUGAACCUUCUCUGCAGCACUGACAUAUCUAAAGUUACAGACUGCGUUGAACAUGCACUGACUGCCAGAUAUCCAAGGACUCGUUACAGCCCUGGAUGGGAUGCCAAGUUCCUCUGGAUACCAAUGUCCUAUAUGCCAACCAUUGUGUCUGAUACAGCUCUGGCUCUUCUGUUGCCAAAGCCUACCCACAGCUACUGAUAACAGUGGAUCAGAACAUGUGUGGGCAUUUGGUUCCAG